AUGCCUAAUCUACACCUGUUUUCCAGGCCAGGAACAUCAGCUCAAUCUGUCAUGAGUUCUGUAGGGAUUUCCAGACUUAUCGACUUGGGUCUCACCGACCUAGACACAGCAGUUUUGGACUCAGCCAAGGCCCUGGCACAGUCCCUGCUCCCUGGCACCCCUCUCCCUUGCUACCCAUUCCCAAAGCCAACCUUCCAGUACAUAUAUUCUGGCAAGACAGAGCUUCAUGAUCUCCUAAGAAAACUGUUAAAUAAUGAAACCGUCUCAGGGUUUCACAGCGUCCCACUGAACAUUUCUGGGUUCAGCCGACCUGGAGGUUUUCAUUCGAUGAUUGUCCCGAAAGAUUGGCGACUAACAAAUCUGUAUGUGGUAGCAGAAGAUAUAUUUCAAAUUCUCCCAGAGAAACUGUCAGUCCGUCAGGGUGUAGACGUGCUGCGUAGUCAGUUUGGAGACGAAGAGGAGUGCGACGUCGUAGUGAGGAACCCUCCCUUCGCCGGCGCGCCCUCCGAGGCCACUCUGCCCAAGGGCUUCGUCAUGAGGGCGGCCCUCACGCCCUUCGUCGGCGCCGUCUCCCCUCGCAGGGGAGGCACUGCUGGAGGUACUCGUGUCUCUGUCGUUGGCACGGGGUUUGGCGAUUCUGGUAACACUGUCACCAUCGGCGGCGCUUCGUGCUUGGUGGCAGAGGAGAACGCGACGAGCAUAACGUGUGUAACGGAGGCACUCCCAGGCGGCGGCACCUUCCCCGUCCACGUCUCAGUGCCAGGCAUCGGUCUAGCUAAAGCAGCCGAAGGAAGCCACUACAGCUACGUGGACCUCUGGAGUUCUCGCUUCACGUGGGGCGGCGAGGCGGUGCCGUCGGAGGGCCAGCUGGUCGUGGUGGAAAAAGGACACACCGUUUACCUGGAUCAGUCCACGGAGGUGCUCAAGAUGCUCCUCAUAAAAGGAGGCCACUUACUGGUGGACCCUGAGGCGACGUCGGAGGUGGUGCUGAGGGCGGAGUACAUCCUGGUGGUGGACGGCGGGGCGCUCAGCAUCGGCUCGGAGGAGGACCCGUUUGAGGGCCGAGCGACCAUCGAGCUCCACGGCAACGCGAGGUCCAUCCAGCUGCCGGUCUUCGGUGCCAAGGUGCUCGCGGUGCGCAACGGGACCCUCGACCUCCACGGCGCUCCUGUGUCUGUUCCAUGGACGCGCCUGGCGUCACCCGCUGCCCCUGGGGACCGCGUGCUUAGGCUCGAGACGCCCGUCGCCUGGCGCCCCGGGGACUCCCUCGUCGUCGCCUCCACGGAAAGAAGGUUCUCCACUAACGAAAACGAACAGCUGACGAUCGCAAGCGUGUCGGGAGAUGGCCUGACCGUGACCGUGACGGAACCUUUGCGUCACCAUCACGUCGCGUUACGUCAGACGCUCGGCGGACGCGUGGUCGACACCCGUGCGGAGGUCGGCCUUCUCUCGCGCAACGUCAGAAUCCGCGGCGUCAUGAGCGCGGAUUUCGCCGGUGACGUCAUAGAGCCAUGCGGAGGGAAGUGGAGUCCAGGCCAGUUCUCGACGGCGCCGUGCUUCAACGGGAACUUCGGCGCGGAACUCGGCAGUGACAUGUUCGGCGCGACGGUGAUGCUGGCGCCCGAACGCCCCGGCGAGGAGAUCGUGGCGGCGCGGAUCCAACACGUCGAGAUCUCGCAAGCCGGGCAGGCCUACCAGAUCGGGCGCUACCCGCUGCACUUCCAUAUGCUCGGCCGAGUCCACCGCUCGUACGUCCGUGGCUGUUCCGUUCACCACUCGUACAACCGCGCCAUUACCGUACACGCCACCAGUGGUCUAACGGUGGGGUCUAACGUACUCUUCAACACAUUCGGACACGCUAUCUUCACCGAGGAUGGGAACGAAGAGGACAAUGUGUUCGAAUACAAUCUCGCAAUCUUCACUCGCUUGUCAUCCUCUCUCCUCACCGCUGAUCUCACUCCCGCUUCCUUCUGGAUCGUGAACCCGAAUAACCUGGUCCGCCACAACGCUGCCGCAGGAGGAACGCACUUCGGGUUCUGGUACCGUCUGGAGAGUUCCCCUUCAGGUCCCUCCGCCGGGUCGAAUCACUGCCCCAACAAGGCGCCCGUGGCAGGAUUCUAUAACAAUUCCGCGCACUCCAUGGGCAGGUACGGUCUGUGGGUAUUCUCCAAUGAAGGCUAUUUUCCCAAGACUGAUAAGUGCGGACAUGAGGACACGGUAGCUCGCUGGGAGAACUUCACGGCGUGGCGUUGCGAGCGCGGUGCAGAGGUCGGAACAGGCGGGGCGCUGCAGUUCCACAAUUUCGUGGUUUUAGACAACGAGAAAGCCGGUUUGGAGAUGAUACAGGUCAAGGGAGGCUUUGGGUUGGAUGACGGACCUGGCGUCUUCAACUCGCUGGUGGUAGGCCGCUCCGCCCUCUCGCCCGGGGACUGCAAGCGACCCUCGAGCGGAGUGGUGGCCCCCGAGGAGCACGUGCUGACUGUGGCGGGCACGACCUUCGUCAACUUCGCCGGCGGGCAGUGCGUUGCUCUCUCCGGGUGUUCUCAGUGCACGAAUACCCGAGCGGGGUCGUCGGUGCGUGUUGAGGGCCUCACCUUCAUCAACAGCCCUAAUAAGAUUCGUUUCAAAUGGGAACACGAGACCAUCUGGCAAGACGUUGAUGGGUCCCUGUCUGGCAGUCCUGGCAGCGUGGUGGUGGCAGACAUGGGCAUCCUUCCUCCCCGACGCUGCCGCCGUAAAGAACCAGCUUUCUCCGUGAACCCGACGGUCCCGGGAGCAGUCUGCCGAAGUCCUAUGAAAUUCCUUCAGAUUCAUAUCGACGGACAAACCAUCCAGCCACCUUCCCUGAGGACGCGGGACUUCAUCGUCAGCAACAGACACGGCCAUACCAGAAUUCCCCUCACGGACACGCGUCUCUCUCGGCCUUGCUGGACAGCCACCGUGUACGCAGGAGACACUUACCUGUGGGAGUUUGAUUACGCCAGCCAGCUGACGAAUCUGUCUUACCGGGCUACGUCAUCACUCAUCGGCCCCGAGGAUUACUUUUUUGUAGAACAUCAUUUUCCUCAGGAUAUGAACUUCUUUAGAACGACGAACGAGGAGAGAAAAAUGGACGCAGAUUUGCCUGACGUUACAUCCUCUCGCCACGGAGAUUAUCACUGGGAUUCCGAAUCGCAUACGGUCACUUAUAUUGUUAAAGGACCUUUGCCAGGAGAGGUCGGCAGUGAAUUUUACCGUCACGACAGGGGAAUCAGCCGGAUAAUCGACUUCAAAGCGCAGAGAUGCCGCUACGAGAAUUGCGUCCCUCCCCCACCGCCUCCCAUGGCCCCCAACCGCCCCGAGAGUCGUCAGCUGUGGUCGGAUAUUGAAACGUGGAGAGAAAUGCCCGUAGGGUUUGGAGGGCAUCCUCUCGCCGACGUGUACAAUCUCCCGGAAGAAAACGACGAUAUAAUCAUUCCUAAAGGAAUGAAUCUCAUAGUAGAUAUCACAACACCUCCACUUCGCCGUGUUGUCGUAUACGGAACUUUAGAAUUCAAGGACACAAUGGAUCAUGUAUUCCAGGCAGAGGUCAUUGUUAUUCAGGGCGGUUCUGUAAUAGCAGGUUCCUCGCUCGAGAAUCCAUUCACCCACAAGCUGCACAUCAUCCUUCGAUCGUCAAUGAAUACGUCCGCUGAUCUUCCUAUGGGAGUUGGUAGGAAGUCAAUAGGCGUAUACGGGCUGCUGUCCUUGCACGGGCGUCCUCACACCAACACGUGGGCGAAGCUCGGGACAACAGCCGCCCCCGGAGAUUCCCAACUCACUUUGGCUCAUCCCGUCGACUCCAGCUGGCAAGGGAAACAGGUGAUGGUGACCUCGACAAGUGAAGAAGCGAAUCACACGGAGAUCCGCACUGUCACUUACGUCAACGGGGCUGUACUCACCCUUGACUCACCACUCACCCACCAACAUCUGGGUGAACGACACACCGCGACCGACGGGAGCUUGGAGUAUGACCUCAAGGGCGAGGUGGGCGUACUUACCCGCAACAUCGUGAUCGAGGGCGAGGUCGUGGCGAGCGAGAAGCACUUCGGCGGCAGCGUGAGGGUGGCGGAGCUCACGGCCGAUGGAGUAGUGUAUCGAGGACAAGCACAAUUAUCCGGAGUGGAGUGGAAACACAUGGGCCAGGAGGGAUUCACAGGACAGCAGGACCCGAGGUUUUCGCUGGUCUUCCUCGGUCUCGGGUCUCGUGGGUCUUUCAGCUACGUGAGACAGUGCAGUUUUAACACGAAUUAUAACACGGCCAUCGGGAUUUUUGCGUCCAGUGGCGUAGCGGUGGAGGACAGUGUUGUGUACCAGACCGUAGGCUCAAGCAUCAAGGAUCAAGGGAGAGGCAACAUCUUCAGGAACAACUUAGUGUCGGUCAUGCUGUUCCCGGGGACGUACGACGGCCGCUGGGAACCCCAGAACCGGGACUGGCACGCUGGCUUCGACCUGGAGGAAGCCUCGGGCACGGUGCUUCACGGGAAUGUGGUUGCGGGCUCAGAACAAGCAGGAUUUAGAGUGUAUGGAGAGCUGUGUGAAUACGAGACGACCUGGAGAGGGAACGAAGCUCACAAUGUUAUUUUCGGGGUUAUGGUGAUAUCCAUCGACAGCCAAGUGGGCGUGAACCAGCUGGUGUACGGGCCGCCCGCCCUCUCGCACCGCCACUACCCGAAGACAGCCACCGCCCGUGACAGUGUUUUCGUGGGCGCGUCUCCCUCCCAUAGCUGCCAGGUCCAAGCUUCACGAUCUGCCGUCUACGAGUUCUUCGCGGGCGUCCUCUGGUCUUCCGGGGCGAUGGGCGGCCACGCGGGCGUUCUCUUCGCCUCGUUCAUCUCGAAAGCCAAUUUGGCCCCGAAGAGAUUCCACGGCGCCGACCAGUACCCCGCUCUCGACGGCGCGACGCACAUCACCAACGUCACCUUCGUCGCCUACGCCUCCAGGAGCUGCGGGAGGGACGUGGCGCUGCUCACCAACCACGGCUCCAACGACGCCAUCCACCCCGUCUUCGUGCGCGGCCUUGCCUUCGUGGACACGCCGCCCGAGAAUUACUUGUAUUUGCACGAGCCAAAUCUAAACCUCGUUAGGCCUGCAGACUGCGGGGACAUGGACUGCGACGGCCUGAAGAAAGUCCUGGUGCAGGAUAUAGACGGCACUUUGCUGGGCACGCCCAACGCCACGGCCAUCUCGCAGGCGGAGUUCGAGUGGGACGGCGACCCCGUGAGAGGCGUCGGCGACUACAGGAUCCCCGUUAGUCUCCGGCAGCGUGUCAACGGCACCGAGAUCCCAGCGGAGGAGAAAUUCCCCAAUAAAGGCAUUGUGAGGGACAACUCAUGCAGCUUCGUGACGUCAUGGAGGGCGUGGCGCUGCUCGGGCUUACGUCACCGGAUGCUGGUUCUUGAGAGCCUCGACGCCGACACGCUGGUGCGACGCCUCUCGCCCGUCGCGCUCAUCGCCAAUCCGGGCCCGGAUGGAUACGUGGACCUCUUGAACGGGCCGAUGGACCACGGAUGGUGCCUGGGCUACACCUGCCAGCGCCGUAUCUCCACCUUCUACUCCGUCGUCGCUCCCGGCCAGGUGUACGAGGUGGCCAUGACGUCACUUCCGCCGCAGGAACUCCGACUCCACCUCCUGCACUCGGAUCCCAGCGAAGUCGUCCUCCUGCGUCUCUUUUACCCGGUGACGCAGCGGUUUGACGUCUACGUUGACGGCGCCUUCGUCCCUCCUACGAACGCCGACCCGGACACGUAUCCGGAAUCCUAUCAGCUGUUGCCCGAGGAUCCCGACGACCCGGAGUCCUUCUACCCGACGCUGCAGGACACCGCAGGAGCGAACUACCUCGCGCUGGAAUCGAAGUUCCUACACGUGGUCGUCCGCGGCGGCAACCACACCUACGACCUCAGGACUUCGCCGGUGGUCGUCCUGUCGUUGGGGAUCCUGGUGAACGAGGACGACUUCUACGGAGCGGAUGAGGUCGUAAGGAACGUGGCGCUGUUGCUGAACGUCGCUCCGGAGAACGUGAGGGUGACGGAUAUCGUUCGUGAGGAUUCGAGGAGGGAGGGGAGGGAGGGGAGGGAGGGGAGGGAGGGGAGGGAGGGGAAGGAAGGGAAGAGGAGGAGGAAGAGGAAGGCUUCUUCUGUUGUCAAUGUUGAGGUGGAGGUGAGCGGCGCCCCCCUGAGCUCCCUUCAAGAGGCGGGUCAUCCGAUCGGGGGAGACGCCCUUACUUAUGACGACCUGUUGAAUCGACUCGGGAUUGCAGUCGACUGUUUCCAAAGCCUUGGUUGUGGCGCGAACAUCGUCAGUCUAAAAGUCAAGUACCCCGUCGUCCCUCCUGACGUCCCGGAAUUGCAGUCUCCAAACGAGCAGUUCGGCGCCCUGCUCGCACCCGGCGCCCCUCUGUACAGCGAUCGGCAGCAGCAAUUGGAGAAGGAGGAGCUAGACCAGCUUCUCCAAGGGGAGGUGUUCCUUCGGCCGUCGUACGUGGAGGUCAUGCAGGAGCCUCCUGAGGUGGUGAUGGCCAACGAAGUCUUUCGGGUGGUCGUAGCCGCGUUCACGGAGAAUGGCACUAGAGUCACCAGCCUUGGCAGCAAAGGCUACCCCUGGAUGUUGACGGCGAGCCUGGAAGGAGGGCCUCCAGGGGCACGGCUGCAGGGCUCCACCACCGUCCCUUACUCUCAGGGCCAAGCCGUUUUUUCGGACCUUGCGGUAGACAGACCCGGAGGAGAUUAUAGGCUCAAGAUCAGGGUGACCUCUCCUGAGAAUGCUCCCACCCUUGAGGUCACUCUCGAGGACACUUUCGGUGUGGAACUUGAUUUAUGACUGAAAGCUGCGACGAGUCUUGCAAAGGAGAGAAAAUCUGCGGUUCUCGACCCACAGUUCAUUACAAGUGAGAGCCAUUCGUUGAUCUCAGAUGCUAGAGUGUUAAACAAAGUUCUAAUGCUGUUCUGUUUUAUAAUUGUUCUUUCGAAUAUUGCAGGAUUUUUGUAUCCAGUUGUAUAGAGACAGUGUACUUUUAAAUCAUGAAAUAAUCAAUGUCAAAGCACGAAAAUAAAAUUUCACUCAGA